AUGGAGAAGGAGGAGCAUCAGAUCCUUCGCGAAUCAUUGCGCACCCAGUUCACAAGAAGUAACAUCCUAACCAACGUGGUCCUUUGCUAUCCCCGCUCGAGACCAUCCAGAAACUCCUCGAGUCGUUCGAUAUUUCACAGCAUUCGAAAAUCCCAGACUCUCGAGGCCCUGGCAAGCUUAUGUUGCUUUGACGCAAAACGAAAAGGGAAAACAGAGCCGGUCUCCCUGUCCUAUGAUUGUGGCAAAUAUUUGAAUAAUUUUGACACGAAUCUCUCAAAGCAUCGCUGCUGGAGGGAUGGCGAUAGAGAGGGAAAUUACCGUACAAAAGAAGGAAGAGGAGGGAUCGUCAUGAAAGGCUAUAAACAAGCGAGAAAGAUCACGGGUAUCGAGUGGGAAGACGAGUCGAGCUUUUUGAAGAGCGAAUAUUUAGGGUAUUCCAAUGGCACUUAA